UUCGAACUAAAGUGGCCGCUCGAAAACGGUGCGUCGUUUUUAAGCUAUUUCCUCUCUCUCUCUCUCUCUCUCUCUCUCUGUUUGCGUCAGUUUUGAGGUUUCAAUCGAUCUCCGAUCUCUCUCUUUCGACUUGAAUUGAAUUCGAAUUAAGAGUUUUGGGAUCAGAUAUUCGUACCAUUUCUGGAUCUUGUCGGCCUGUUGGAUCGGCGAUCCUCGCUUACCACCGCUUCCUAAGAUGUCGGCUUCGACUGUGUCCAUCACAGCGAACCCGGCAACGGCGAGGCGGAGGCCGGUCGUCGUUACCGACAAGAAGUCCUCCGCUGCCAUCGACUUGAUCGCCGUCGAAAACGGCCCCAACGGCGCCGCUGCUGUCGAUAAGGUAGCGGCCGCCAGCAGCAAGGAUCUGAGCCAUCACUCCAUUAGAGGCGACGCCAAGGAUCUAGCUACAGUGAAGAAGACCGCCGGCAACUCCACAGUCUCCCCUCGCCGCGUCCGUAAGGCCCCCCUGAAGCCCGAGAAACCGUGGUGGCUCACUGGCAUUAGCAUUUUCGCCAAGAACUUCUUGCUGUUGAUUGUUAUACUAGGUCUAGUGCAGUUGAUUAGGAGACUCUCCCUUCAGACAUCCGGGACGAAUCCCGUGGUGCUCACUGACUUUGAAGGGCGGAUUGCUGAAGUGGAAGGGCUGUUGAAGAAGACUUCCAAAAUGAUUCAGGUGCAGGUGGAUGUCGUUGACAAGAAAGUGGAGAGCGGGAUCGGAAACCUCAGGAGCGAAUUGAGCAGAAAGAUCGAGGAUAAAAGCGCCACCAUGGAGUCGGAGUUGAAGAGAUUGGAGGCUAAGAGCGACAGUUUAGAGGGUUACUUGAUUGAGCUCAGGGGCAAGGAGUGGCUACCAAAGGAAGAGUUUGAUAGAUUUGUUGGGGAUUUGAAGAAGGCAAAGGGUGCAGUUGGGAGUUCCGAUGGUAUGAGUUUGGAUGAUAUCAAGGCUUACGCGAGGGACGUCGUCUUGAAGGAAAUAGAGAAGCACGCGGCUGAUGGGCUCGCCCGUGUGGAUUAUGCCCUAGCUACUGGCGGGGCAAUCGUGUCCGGUCACUCGGAGCCGUAUGGUGUUGGCAAGGGUAAUUGGUUCUCGGCGAGUAGUCGAAAUGGGGUUCACAGCGGUGCUUAUAAAAUGCUGAGACCCAGUUUUGGUGAGCCAGGGGCAUGUUUCCCAUUGAAGGGAAACAGUGGGUUUGUUGAAAUUAGGCUUCGGACUGCAAUCGUUCCUGAGGCUGUUACCUUGGAACAUGUGGCAAAGAGCGUAGCCUAUGACAGAUCGAGUGCUCCAAAGGACUGCAGGGUCUCAGGAUGGUACCGAGGGAACACUGAUUCCGCAGCAAUGGAUGCAGAUAAGAUGUACCUUUUGACAGAGUUCACGUAUGACCUGGAGAAGAGCAAUGCUCAGACUUUUAAUGUGUUGGAUUCAACAGCAGCACCUGGAAUCAUCGACACGGUGAAGCUCGACAUUGCAUCGAAUCACGGGAGCCCGACCCACACUUGCAUUUACCGCUUUAGGGUACACGGCCACGAGCCCAGCACCGAGUCCUUGUUGGGGAUGCAGUCUUAGCCUUCUUCACUGAAGUAAAACCCUUCUCUUAGUCCUUCCCUCCUCCUUCUCCUAUGUAAUGCAUCCCUUGUAUUUCUCCUUGUGUAGGUCCAAGUUUUGGUUUGUGAGUGGGGGGAAAUUAUUGGCUAUAUAGGCAGUAGAAUCAGACGGGGGCCAUAUCUGUUUCGGUUUCCUGACCUUCCUCGUGUUCAGUGGUGUAUCCUCUUGUACUAUCCAGUCCAGUGGUUAGACUAGUAGACGUGCUGUUGCCGAGAUUUAUGGGACCGACCGACCGACCGACCGACCGUGAAAUGUUAUUCAAGUUUCUUUCUGCAUGUUUUGUUUUUUUAACAAGUAACCGUGAUUCCUGUCUGUUGCCUUGCUCAUUUGUUGGACGUGUGCUAAUGUUGUUUGGAAAA